AGAUAUAUGAGUUAUCUGUUACCCUCACUGCUUCUCCUGAUCAAAUGAAUGCUGCAAGCCGAAACUCUUUGUUGAUGGAUGAAUACUCCGAUGAGGAUGAAGAACAAAUGCUUGAAGCAAAACAUGAGGCAUAUCCUACUAAAAGUGACUAUGAUAUCAAGAGAACAGCCCUGGAAGAAGAAUCGGUUGAGAGAAUUGAUUUGUCAUGCUUUUCUGGUAAUCUACGGCAUGAUGACCGUGAUAAUUCUCGUGACUGUUGGAGAAUAACGGAUGGUAACAAUUUCAGAGUACGUAGCAAGCAUUUUUGUUACAACAAAUCAAAGAUUCCUGCGGGAAAGCAUUUAAUGGAUCUGGUUGCUGUUGAUUGGUUUAAAGACACAAAAAGAAUAGAUUAUGUUGUCAGGCGUCAAGGCUGUGCUGCACAAGUUGCUUCAGAGAAGGGGCUUUUCUCUUUGGUCUUCAAUGUUCAACGAUUUGUUGAUGGCGUUGAUGAGUUUCGCAAUAGUAGACUGAAGCUUAUUCCAUCAGUACCAAAGAUAGUUUCAUUCGUUUCCUUUUUGCUCAUCUCUUAUGGCUACUGCAUCACCUGCGAACGCCUUUGCGUAACGGAGCCUCGAACUACUACUGCAAUCGGAUGUGUAUUUUACUCGACUCUUGUUGGCUACCGAGCUUUUGUACCUUAUUUCAAGGUUCUGUUACUACUUAAUUACAUGAUUUCUUUCUAUGUAAUUUUUCAUCAUAUAUCGCAAAAUCUAUUACUGUUGCUGGAGCAAUUGACUUAUAUUGAGGAUGAGGAGGUCCAACUAAUGCGUGAUGCCGUUUAUAUGAAGUACAGAAUGUUAAAGAAAUUUCUGGGUGCUAUGCAAAUAGUUACAGUGGCAGAAACUAUGAUAUACAUUAACAUUUAUGACUCCUCGGAGAAUUACUGGCUUCGGUCAUUGGUUCGGGAAUGGGCUCAAUUCUGCAUCUUUAUGUACAUUGGAUUGACUUUUAGGUCAAAAGAAUUGGCACCACAUUUUUCGGUUAUGCCAACUUUGAAAUCUAAAGCGGAUUUAAUGGUCCCUCCGAUCUAUCGUAUAGAAAAUUAUUUGAAGUCUUAUUUGUAUGGUGGAUUGUCCGUGUUUGUGAGAAAAAGAUUGGAAGCUAGAAAUCAAGUUAGUGAGAUUAAAUUCAAGAAUCAUAUUUUGGGUUUUGUUGACUUCAUGAGUUUGAUUAUGAAAUGA